CGGUGACGAAUGUACGUUCAAAGGGGCGUCGCGCUUCGGCGCGGACGCCAAUUACACUGUUACGCUCUAUAUCAUAGGAGAAUAUAUAACUGUGUACAGUGCGUUUAAAUCAAUGUAUGCAGACGACAGUAGUAUAAGCUAACAUAUUUGGGAGAAUAAGUGGAAAGUAAGCAUGGAGACUGAUGUGGAGUUUUAUACUGAGGAUUGGGAUGAGCUAUCUGAGACACCUUUGAUGCAUCUAUCAUACAUCAUUCAGACACUUCUACCGAUUCGCCUAGUUGGUUGGAAGAAUGUAAAGCUCCAUUAUGAAAACCUGACCUCUCAUACACACGACUUAUCACUGCAAACACCGAUGGACACUUACGUAGUAACUGGAAGCAAUGCUGAAGGCUAUGCAAUACCAUAUUCUCUAACAAGAACGAAUCCACCAGUUGUUGAAAGGACAUCCGAUGUAGAUAUGCUUUGGGUUCCUCGAUAUUUAAACAUAUCAACGUCAAAGCUCCCAGAGCCUAAUGAUACCGGAUUCAAAGGAUAUCUAGAAUAUGAAGGAGUUCAACCAGGAUAUGCCCGAAUAUGCUUACCAACAGUGAAAGAGAAAGAUGAGGCAUUCAUUUACAAUGAUAACACAGGCACGUUUUAUCUUAGUAGUACAAUUAUGAUGGAGAAGGUUCAGUCUAUAAUACCUAAUGUUGGUUUGGAAAAACAUGAAAGAGCUUGGGUUCAAGGUCCUGCUUUCACUGUUGAGGAUGACCAAGUUUUAACGCACGACAGAUUGUACGAACCAAAUAUCGGGGCUUCUAGAGAUUUUGUCACGGCACUAGAAUGUUCACCUUGGCCAGAAAUAGCUAGCAGUUGGAAAAGUAGAGCAAGUAAAUCAAAAUGGUUGGAUCCACAGUUGGUAGACGCUAUUAUUGCAGAUGGGUGUCAUGUAGUAGCAGUACCUUCAAAGAAUUCAGCGAGACCUGAACUUGAAUGGAGGAUUUCAUUUUCUGCAUCUGAAGGUAGAAUAGCCCGUGAAGCUGUCACUGAUUAUCAAAGACAGUGUUACAUAUAUGUAAAGAUACUACGGAAACAGGUUAUAGGAAGUGCUUCUAUUCUCUCAUCAUACGUAUUCAAGUCCGUCUUUCUCUAUUGUUGUAUGAAACUUCCAAGUGAUUACUGGAAGACAUAUCCUGGCAACUGUGUACUCUACAUAUUAGAUGUCCUUUUAGAAUGUCUUGGGAGAAAGCACGUGCCAACAUUCUUUUUACCAGAAAAUAAUUUGAUUGGUCACAUGAGCGAUUCGGAAAUAGAUGUUGCUGUCGCGACAGUUGUUAGUAUGCGAUGUGAUCCUGUCAGUCCAAUUUUAGAUUACAUGGAUACAAGAGUAAUAGGGUACCAAAGCGUCAUUGCUACGUUCAGAGAAGUAUUGAAACCUUUGUUGGAUGACAUGAAAAUGUUCAAAAUUCACAGAGACAAAAAUAUCUCAGUUAUGAAAGGUAUAAUAGCAUCAGGUUACAAUAUUUGUCAUUACCUUCUCAAUGAAAACCCAAGUCAAGAGGAAGCUAAAACUACAAAACACCAGGAGGCAAUCAAUUGCUUAAUUGAUAUUUACAAAUCAUGGCUUGUCCCUAUGCGACUUGAUGCGACAUUGAUGCAGUUCAUUAAUUCGGCAGGUUUGAUGAUAAAGGAUCUGACUAUAACGUGUCGUUAUUUUGAAGCAGUCGUUAGUCUUUCGGCAGAAUAUCCUGAAUUUGCAUCAGCUCGUGGAAACCUUGCAUGCAUGCACCACUCUUUGGCUUAUACUGAGCCGGAAGGGUCAGUGUCAAGAUCAGAAUACUUGGAGAAAGCAGGGUAUAUAUUCAAACAGGUUUAUGAAGAAAACAAAAGUUGUAUCAUUGACUACGUUACAUAUCUUGUAAAAAUCCAUAUGUACCAAGAAGCUAAAAACAUUCUAGAAGAAUUUACUGCAAAUGUAGAAUCACAUACAGCUUCUGGAAUAGCUUAUAGUGAAAAGGAGAAAGACACUCUUGAAGAUCCACUACGAAAUCACGUACAAGUGCAUGGCAAAAUAAAAGCAGACGACAUUUCAUUUGCGUACUUCUAUAUUGUAAAGUGCCAUUCUUCCCUAAAAACAUGUGAUAAGGGCACUAUUCAGCCACUCAUUGAAAAGUUUGAAAAGCACUGCAAAACAAUGAAAACAAACCAGGCAGAAGUGUUACUCGGAUAUGCUAAAUCUAUGUUCGAGAUGGAAAGCGAUAUCAAGGCCUGUGAUUUGGAUAAGGAAUCAGGAGUAUCGACUUUGCAUUUGUCCUACAUUGUCCAACUAUUGCUCCCCGUGCGCCAUAUAGGCUGGAAGAAAGAAACUGAGUUUCACAAGCCAUUCAAGAUACAAGUUAUAAGUGGGAUUGAUCAUACGUGUAUACCAACAGGAAGUACAGCAGAAGGGUUGAAUAUUCCAAAGUGUAUCGUCAAUAAUUCGUCACUGUUUGAAGUAUUUUCCGACACUGAUUUACUCUGUGUUCCAAACAAUCUGAAGAUUUCGACAAAGGAAGUGGAUGACACGAAAUCGGAUUUUUCUGGUUACUUUGACGACCAUAAUGUUGCUCCUGGAUACACAAAAAUAUGCUUUACGAAAGAAUUAAAAGAAAAUUUCAAAGAUUUAUUGACAGUUGACAAUGUCAACGGAAAAUUUUAUCUAAAUAGAACAAAUUUCACGAAAGGAGCUUAUUCGAAGGCGAAGGUACAUUUAGAAUCAGCGAAAACAUCUAUGCAAGGACCUGCUCUUUCAAUUACUGAAGAAGAACUUGUUAAGUUCGAAACAAAGUUUGAUCCGCAUGUUGGUGUUUCACGUGAUAUUGUUUUAGCAUUACCGUGUGCACCAUGGCCAUCUAUUGCUGAAAAAUGGAGAGACAGGGUAGCUGAUUCAACUUGGUUGAAGCCAAGUUUGAUAGAGUCAAUAAUAGAAGAUGGAUGCCAUGUCGUAGGAACACCUUCAAAGAAUAGUCAGGACCCCGACCUCGAAUGGCGAAUAUCAUUCUCCGCAUCGGAAGGUAGAAUAGCUCGUGAGGCUGUGACUGAUCAUCAGCGACAAUGUUACAUUUACCUCAAAAUUUUACGUCAUCAGGUUAUGAAACCAGAACCCGUUUUGUCGUCUUAUGUUUUCAAGUCGGUGUUCUUUUACUCUUGUGAGAGAUUGCAAGUACAUCUUUGGAAAGAACAGCCCGGUAAUUGUAUCUUAUACAUGAUAGAUUUACUUCUUGAAUGCUUAAGGAAGAAGCAUGUCCCGACUUAUUUCGUACCAGAGAACAAUUUAAUAGGCCAUCUCUCUGAAACGGAACUAAAGAAAGCCGUAUUCCAAGUUGAGUUUCUUAGACACAGUCCCAUUUCUCCGGUACAUGACUUCACUGACAAGCGGUUGUUUUCAUUUCACAGUCAAAUAGUUCCGUUCAGGUCUAUGAUUUCACCACUUCUUGACGACAUGAAGGAGUUUGCACUUCACCGAGAUAGAAACCGGUCAAUAAAUGAAGGAUUUCUACUUUCAGCUGUCACGAUUUGUCAGUUAUAUCUGAUGGAGCAUAUGGAGGCGCAGUACAAAGAUUUUGAAUUGAAGAAACACCAAGAAGGCAUCAAAACGCUAAUUCAUUUCUUUGAACAAUGGUUAAAACCAUCUCAGAUUGCAGUACCUUCUAUGCUGUCAUUUAUUGCGUUUGAAAUGGAUGAUCGAGCAUUGUCUCGUGAUUUUUUUGAAACUGCCAUCAGUCUCGGAAAGGAAUAUCCUGAACUUCUAGAGCUAAGAGUGAAUUUGGCUUCAUUGUACCAUUCAAGCGCAUAUUCCUUCAAGACCAAAGAUACAAUAGAAAGAGACAAAUACUUGAGAAAAGCCGGUAAUCUAUUUGAAGAGUUAUACCAGGAAGGUGUACCAUGUGAAAUUGAUUUCGUUACGUACCUUGUGAAAGAAAAACAGUUUGGAAAGGGAAAACGUGUUCUUGAAGACUUCUUGGAAAUUGUUGCUAAUUCAUCAAAUAUUGUGUACAGUUACUCAAUAAAUGAAAUAGAUAUCAUUGAUGAUCACUUAAGGAAACAUGUGCAAGACAAUGGUACAGUAUAUGGUGACGCUAUAUCAUUCGCGUACUACUAUUUGGUGAAAUGUUGUCUUGCCGUUCCUGUUCAUGAUAAAGCUCAAAUCUCUUCAGCACUUUCCAAGUUGAAAGUUCAUUGUGAAAAUUGUAAAACUGAAUGUUCAUUUGAUUUUUACAGUGUGGCUAUGGAAAUGAGCCGGGACAGUGAGAACAUCGUCUCCAAUUAUUUCAAAUCUCCUGCCGUCGCUUUCAUGUUGAUGUCAAUCGGAGUUCCGGCUGUUUUCGCUCUGGUCAUUGGUGCAAUCAAACGUCACUAAACGAAAUUAAUCAUUUAGAAAGACAAA